UGGAACUUCAACUAAGAUUCCUCCGAUUACCUAUUCGGGGCUAGUGUAGUUGCCGCAAGCCCAACUCUGAAGGCGGUCUGUCAAUAUUGUGCUCACCUUAAAGCGGCUCCCCAAAAUUUAUCAACCAACUUUUUUUUCCGCUUCAGUUUUCCUAGCGGCUAGUCAAUCUUACAAUCCUGUCGCACUUUCUCUAGUGCAUAUAAUACCUCAUUGGAUUCAACUGAGGUGCGCUUGACAAUGUCGGAAACAGGAACAACGACGGCUGCCUCCGCGGCACCAAAAUCGAAGCCCGAGAGACUACCCAUUACAGUCUCCAAACCUACUCCAUACACUUUUGAUCUCGGCCAUCUCCUUGCGAAUGACCCCAACCCUCUCGAAAUCUCCCGCUCCGAACCAGUAAAUGUCUCUCUGAAGGCCACCGCCCGCGAUGGUGUGCAGUCUCUCCUCAACCAACUUCUCACUACUUGUCCUAUUACCUCCUCACAACAGGGUGUGCUCCUGACGCUUCCUGCUCCCACCACUGUUCUUCCCAGACAUAAGCCUCUGCCGACACCCAAGCCACCCACCAAGUGGGAGCUUUUUGCGCGCAAGAAGGGUAUUGGCAGAUUCAGUGGCAAGGCUGGUGCAGGGCUUGCAGAAAAGGAGCGCCGGAAGAAGCUGGUCUAUGAUGAAGAGAAGGGCGAGUGGGUCCCUCGUUGGGGUUAUAAGGGAAAGAAUAAGUCGGAUGAGGAUUGGUUGGUUGAAGUAAAUGAGAAGGAUUGGAAGAAAGAGGAGGAAGCUGCGGCUAAGGGAAGCUCAAUCCGUGGUAUGUCGCGGGCUGAGCGCAAGGAGAGGAUACGACGCAACGAAAGGAAGAUGAGGAAUAACGAGCGGAAAUCCAGGAAGUCGGGCGGUGGUUAAGAGAUGAGUUGUGCAACUUAUUAAUCAAAGCUCUUCCGUUGGGCUUUGACCAAAAUCCUCAACUCUUUAUUUGUCUGGAAUACUGGGCUUAUCAGGCGUUUGGAUUGGAGUCGCCGGUCUUUGAUGUCUCAUGUUGCCUGAAUGGAUUGCUACCAUUUGGGCUCAAAAGUAAAACAGCUGUGUCGGAUUUUUAACACUUUAUUCUCUGUCUUUGCCUAGUGCCCCAGAACAACUCAUGUAUAUUCUGCUAGCAUAUUUCUGUGGCUCUAUACCUAGAAC